GUUUAGCAGAAGAAAGAUGGCGUCAGCUAAAAUAAAUACUAAAUAUGCUCAUGUGAAUGAAAGCUAAUGUAAAUCUCUUCAACGUAGGGAUUGUAAACACAAAGACUCAAUUAAAGGGCUUAGUAAGGCUCUUUGGUCAGAGUCAGUCAACAUGGCGACCAUGUGAAGCGAACGCUCAGGGCUUUGCCAACAAAAUGAGGGUCCCUAGAUGCUGCAUGGGGCUACGUCGAGCCUACUUGAUUUGUCCCAUCCUGCUGGUACUCCUGGUUGGUGCAGCCCUGACCGCUCUGCUGCCGCCUGCAGAGGACCAGAGAGGCGUUGGCGUCCUGGGAGUGCUACGCAGAGCAACAUCACAAAAGGAGGAUCCUGCACAGGGCCGCCAUGGCGACAGCACAGAGGACGAGCAGAGGUUCACCAUCAUCAUCCAAACUUACAACCGCACAGACAUUUUGCUCAAACUCCUCAACCAUUACCAAGCAGUGCCUCAUCUUCAGAAGAUUAUUAUAGUCUGGAACAACAUUGGGGAGCAGACACCCCUAAAGCUAUGGAACUCUUUGGGGCCUCAUCCGGUCCAUGUGCUCUUCAAGGAGCAGACUGUCAAUCAAAUGCGCAACAGACUACAACCGUUCCCUGAGAUUGAAACUGAUGCUGUGCUGAUGCUGGAUGACGACACCCUGGUCAGCGUUCCUGACAUCAGUUUUGCUUUGUCUGUCUGGAAGCAAUUUCCAGACCAGAUCGUUGGGUUUGUCCCACGGAAACAUGUCUCCACACCAGGAGGAGUGUACAGUUAUGGCAGCUUUGAACUGCAGGACCCAGAAACAGCUGGAGGUGACAAAUACUCCAUGGUGUUGGUUGGUGCUGCCUUCUUUCACGGUCGCUACCUGCAGCUCUUCCAGGACCAACCUCCAGCAGUGCAUGCGCUGGUAGAUGAAACACAGAACUGUGACGACAUCGCCAUGAACUUUGCUGUAGCGCUGUAUUUGAGGAAACACUCCACAGGCAGCGGUAACAAACCCUCUGGGGUCUUUGUCAAACCUGUGGACCUUCGAAACCUGGAAAAGGAUGCCCGCAGCGGGUACCAGGGUAUGUGGCAUCGCCCCGAACACCUUCUGCAGCGAUCGUUCUGUCUGAACAGGCUGACGCAGAUCUAUGGCUUCAUGCCUCUCUGCUUCUCCAACCUCAUGGUUUCCCAGUUUGGAUUUCCCAGCUAUGCCAAUCACAAGAGUAGAGGUUGAGGAUCUGCGACACUGCUGAUUGUUUUGGAUUGAAAGAAGGCAAACUCAAGUAACCGUCGUAAGUUUAAGUCUUCUGAUGAAAUACAGCAAAACAUUGUCUUCAUAAGAAUAUGCUUGUUUGCAUUUCUGAUUAGUUUUCCCAUUGCAUCUGCAGGACAAUCAUGGAUUUCGGACAAUCUGAAUUUUCUACACAUGGCCCAGUCAGAUGAAAUGUCCUUAUGUGAUAAGGUAAUCUGUAUGGUGUUACCAAAGCUGCCUUUCCUUCAGUAUGAACUACUCUCUCAGUGGAUCGUUGUGCAGUUAUUUUACAGCCAGCAGAUGUCAGUCUUAAAUCUGCAGACAAAUAGCCUUGCUUGUAACCAGGAUUUACAGCUCUGAUGAGGUCUUGUUUUGGUUUUACAGCAUUUAUAGUUGUUUAUUUAAUGUGUACAUUGUUUUGUGACUUGUGUACACACCCUUCACAUUUAACACAAUUGUUAGAAGAUGUAGUUAUUGUCAUUUCCUGGCCAAGUGAAUUUGUGAACUAGAAUAACUGCAGGGUAUUACGUACAUUCUGACUAAAUCUUAAUGUAAAAUGCUAUGCAUGAAUGGACAAUCAAUUUUUUAAAACGUGUGCACAUAUGUCAAGCUUGUAAGACUAAUCAUGUUAAAUAAAUCCAAUACUUUUUCUCUAA